AAUUCAUAGCCAAGAAUCUAUUUUCCAAAUUCUGUUCGAGGAGAAUCUCGACUCUCCACUCUCCACCACCAUGUCCUCCGUUGAACAGCCUCUAAAGAAGCGAAAGCUCUACGACUCUUCACCGUCGGACUCCCCACACUCUCCACCGCCGCAGCCGGAAUCAACCGCCCCCUUUCCUCAAACCCUACCUCCUCAACCGUUCUCUCAGGAUGAGAUUCUCGCCAAGCGAAGAAAUAAAGACGCAAUUCGAAACCUCUACGAAUGUCACAAGCGAAUUAAACGUUGCCUCUUACAGAAACACGUUCCACCCACACCUGAUCUUGACCAGAACUAUCUUGCUCUCAUCGCUUCUUCCAGAGGUUGUAUGAGUGUAAAAAGAAUUGUGGCCGAUUUUAUUCCUCGAUAUGCAUGUCACUGUCCAACAGCUUUGGAAGCUGCAACUAAAGUGCUUAUCAAUAUGCAUAACUGGAGUUUGGCAUUGAUCAGUAAGGAAGGGGAUUCCAGUGGUAUUGCAUUUGAAACUGCCAAAGCCUGUAUAUUCGGCCAGGCUGAUAUUUGCUGCACUGCUUCUUCCGUAGCACCAACAUCAGCUGUAAUUAGAGGAAUUUGCUCAACAGUUUUCCAAAAUGUGCUCACCUUCUUUGUUGUCUCAUUUGAGGGAAAGGAUGUCUUAAAGAUUAUUGACAAGAAUUUCUUGAAUAUGCAAGAUAACCCUGAGGUCUUUUCUGAAUUAAAACAAAAGGUUUUAGAUGAAGAUGAAUCUUCAUUGACUAAUUUGUUCAAGCUGUGUGCAUUAUGUCUACUUUGGAUAUUCUUCUCUUGUCCAAAAGAAAUGCUUGCAGCUUGUUUGGAACUCUUAGGCUCCACCACAAAAGAUGGAACUUCUAAUGAAGGACAGCAUUUUUUGGGCCUGAUGACUAGCAUGUUUAAUGAUGAAGCAGAUCACCUUUUGGAUAGAGAAAAUGAUGGUCCUAAAUCAUGUAUUGAUUCUAUUGGGGAAGGCAUCAAAGAGAUUGAGGUUGGCGAGAAAAUUAUCACUGAUGAAAACCAUAUCUCUGAUGCUAUUCGAAAGAGCUGCUUGCUUAUGCUGGUUCUCAACAAGGACCCCUCACUGCGGAAAUGGACUCUUCGUAGAUGUAAGAAGUUACUUGACUCGCUCACUAGUGCUUCACUGGAAACUACAUCACUAUUGCAAGGAGUUAUUGGAAUGCUCUCCCAACAGACAGAGUUAGAAGUCUGUCAAGUAGACAGUGAUGAAGAUAAGUCCGAUUCUUCAAUUUACAUGAAUAGUAACUAUGUAGUUCCUAGGAUCUCCGAGGAACAUGAAAGUAUUGGUGAAACAUCACGGAAAGCAGGUUCGCAUUUUGAUAAUGGAGGGAUCUCAAGGUCUAUGGGCAUUGAGAAAGGUGAGGAAGGGAAUAUGACCCAUGUUAGAUGUUCCACACCUAGGGACUCAGUAAGCCAUCAUAUGUUCUCACCUGGAGUUAGAACAGUGGUAGACUUUAGGAGUAAUUCAUUUGAAGGUAGAAAUGAUUUCCCAAAUGUUGAGAAAAAUCAAGUAUUGAAUAUAAAUUUCAAUUCACCUCUGUCGAGGUCCUCUAGUGGAGCUGUCAGCAAUGUUCUGGCUUCUCCUAAUCAUCAAUUUAUGUCACCAACUAUUUUAACCAAAAGUCAAAUUGUUUGGUGCUGUGAUGGGGAUCCUGCUGCUCUAGAUAUUGUCGCUGCUUCUAAGCAGCUAUGGGUAGGCUGUGUAGCACCUGACAUGCCUGAAAGCCAUAUUAGGUUUCAAAUAGAGAGGUUUGGUCAUAUUGAAAGGUUUAUUUUCUUCCCAGUGAAAAGUUUUGCUUUGGUCGAGUACAGAAGGAUAACUGAUGCAAUAAAAGCUCGACAUUAUGCACCUGGAAAUUUUCAUUGCCGUGUAAAAUUCAUGGAUAUAGGACUUGGUACUAGGGGUGCAGUGAAUGGUGUUGUUGUUGGCUCUAGUUCUCAUAUUUAUGUUGGAAAUAUUUCCAGUCAAUGGGCCAAGGAUGAGAUCCUUCAUGAAUCAAGGAAAGCAGUCUAUAAGGGUCCUCUCACGGUGAUUGAACUUAAUUGUGAGUGCGCAUUACUCAUGGAGUUUGAAACCCCUGAAGAAGCUUCCUCUGUCAUGUUGCAUCUGAGACAAUUCCGAAGAGAAAGAAGUAAUUAUAACCUGCAUUUUGGUCCAGGAACAGCUAAUGUGGGAAGUGGGCAUGCUUAUAUGGAUGGUGCAAGACCUUUGCCCGCCCCUGCACAUCUGGACCCCAAGGUCAACAACUCUGCUGGAUCACCUCAUGCUCAAACUUUACCUGGGAGCCCUGCUGACAGCAGUCGAACAAGAAUGUCUCACUUGUCUAACAUACUAGCUUCAUUGCGCGCCAAGUAUAAUACUAAUCAAAACAUAGGUCUUCAUGAUAAUUAUAUGACUGGAAAUAGUUGCACUUCUUCCAUGCGUGAGGAAGAUGCCGUGCCAUCCAGCACUCUGUGGAUCACUAUUCCUCACAGUAGCUCCCAGUUUCUUACAGAAGAUGAGCUAAUGAGUAUUUGCAAUCUUGCUAUUGGAAACUCCGGCUCCAUUGCACGGUUGACACGAGCAAAUAUGCACAUGGGAUGUGGUUGGUUUGUUGAAUGUAGUAAUGUAGAUGGUGCAGUUUCUGUUUUAAAGAAUCUUCGUGGUUGUCCAGGAUUGUUCUUCCAAAUAGAAUUCAGCAAAUCUGGAAAUCAGAAUGCUGUACCAUUUUCAAUUAAACCUGAGAACCAUGCUAUGGAACUUGUAUCCCCCAGGAUAAAUGCUGAGAAUCAUAGCAGUGGAGUACAUGGUGCACCUCUGUCUCAGUCAAACUGGCACUUCCCUGAAUCCAGGGAGAUAGCCGAAAUUGGAGGAAGGAAACCUGAUGGUUAUGAUAAUUUAUCAGUGGAUCCUCAUCAAGGAGGAAAUGUUCCACAUGUGUAUUCUGGAACACACGGACCUUCAAUUCCACCACCACAACAAAUUCAGUCAUCUCCUUUCACGCGACCUGUUUAUGUUCCUCCUAAUGGGCCAUGGGAUCCUCGUGGAAUAAAUAAUCAGUUACCUGUCAACCAAUUCCAGGCAGGAGUAAUGCCAAAUAAUUUUCAUGGCAGUCCUUUUAUACCUGCUUCAGCAACUCCACUUGCUCAGAUACCUCCAUCAAUUGCACCACCACCUUUAUCAUCUUUGCCACCUCCUCAGCUUGAAAUGCCACCUUCUCAUCCGCGUCCUCCUUCUCCGCCUCCUCUCCCCCAGACUCAGCCACCCUUGGUUCCUCCACCACCUGGUUCUCCUCCUCCUCCACCUCCCCCACCACUGCCUGUCCAAGAACCAGUCAAUAUGGAGUGUUCAGGGCAGCCUCUGCAGUAUCAGUGGCAGGGAAAUCUCUGUAAAAGUGGAGUUAGCUACUGUACAAUUUAUGCAUGCAGAGCAGAUUCAAAUAUUUGCGGAUACUCGAAUGCCAUGCCUGAGCCUGCUGAAUGGCCCACCAAAUUAGACAUGACUAAACGCACAGAUUUUCGACAUGUGCAAUCAACAUUUGCUGCUACUCCAACUCAUAGAAGGGAAGUGUGCCGUUUAGUCCCAUCUUCCACAAGUGACGACAGAAGGUUUCAGGAUUUCAUAUCAUACUUAAAACAGAGAGAUUGUGCUGGAGUUAUUAAAAUCCCAGCUUCAAAAUCCAUAUGGGCAAGGUUGCUAUUCAUACUUCCUCAUUCACUUGAAACAUGUUCGUUGCUUUCUAUUGCACCCAAUCCAUCUGAUUGCCUAAUUGCUUUGGUUCUACCCAAAGAAACAAACUUUGAGUGGAUAUGAUAAUUCUCUAUAAUCAUAGGGUAAGAUCAUUGAGCAACGCGAAUGUUCUGUAAGUUUAUUAUGCUUUUUGCUUGAGAUUAAGGAUUCUUUCCAGGUUGAAGCAAAUGCGUAAACUGUUGGAUGUGGUUUUAGAGUUCUUGAUAGACCAGUUUGACCCAUCUUGAUUGGCACACCGUGGAUUGCAGGCUGGGUGAGUUGGUUCACUACAGGUUGAGGGUCCAGUGAGCCAAAAGUAUAUCAACUCAGCUGGACCCACCCCAAGGUGAGAGUGUGUCGGCUACCUAUUUUUUCAAAAUUAAAUAUUAAAAAUAACAUACUUGAAAAUUGAUUUUUUUUCUAUUUUCGGUUACAAAACAAACAAAAAGGUAGGAGUGUUCAUGGUAUAGGUCAAUCUGAUCAUUUUGAUGAUCCAAUCCAAUCUUAAGUGUUUGGUUUAGGUUUUUUAGUUUGAAUUAAUCCCGAACCAACCCGGCCAAACACAAAGUGGUUUGGUACGGGUAACAAGUUUGUUUUCAAAUUUGUGAACCUGAUCUGAUGAAAGAAAAUUCUGAAUGUUAUUUUUGUAGAUGCAGUUAAAGACUUUUUUAUAUGUGAAA